AUGCCGCCAUACUUGAAAAUAUACGACGGGACCACAGACCCAGAGGACCAUUUAAUCCAUUAUGUUACUGCGGUGAAGGGCAACGAUCUGUCAAAGGAACAGGUACCAUCUGUGAUGCUAAAAAAGUUCGGAGAAACUUUGACAGGGGGAGCAUUGACAUGGUACUCCCAGCUACUGGCACGAUCAAUAUCAACGUUUGAAGAGAUGGCGGACAAAUUCGCCACCGCUCAUGCAGGGGCGAAGAAGGCUGAAACUAGGGUUAAUGAUAUCUUCGCCGUCAGGCAAACGACGGGCGAGGGACUUUGGGACUUCUUGGCCCGAUUCAACAGAGUAAGGAUGAGCCUUCUAAACGUGUCAGAAGGGAUGGCAGUGACAGCCUUUCAAAAUGGGUUAAACAGGAACAGAUCAAAGGCAACCAAAAAAUUGCUCAGCAGACUCAUGAAGUACCCCCCCACCACAUUGGAAGAGAUUCAUAACGCCUAUUGCGCCGAGGUAAGAGCAUAUGAGGACGAUCUGAAUGGACCGAUUCAGCGAUUAACGUCAGUUCAGACCGAGGCAAGGAGAGAUCGACGUAACGAUGGACAAAGAGAUCAACCCCUACGUUUCAAUCGAGAAAGGCAUCAGCCCUAUGUCUGA